AUGUUUGGAACUCGAGUUCUCCGACAGGCAGCGGCGCAUGCCGAGCGCACUCCUCUGAUCAAAUUCAUCGGCCCCCGGUCUGUCCCCUCCGCCGUCGACCACGCUCCCAAGCCUCACCCCGCCUCUCCCACUGGAACUUUACCGGAAUCCUUCGCUGCCUACGGGAACGGCUCUGCAGCCGCUCGACACGCCUCCUUCAGCUCCUACCGUGACCAUGCUCAACAGCACGGACCUCUCCAGAAGACCAUCCGCAAUGCUGACGGCGGUGUUGGCGGCGCAUCCGGAUCCCAGCUUGGCCCGGUCAAGCCUCCGUCUGGAGUCUUUUUCGAUGUCUCUGAGCUCCCUGCCCGGUUCCGCAGAGCACCCAUCGACCUGACCGAGAUUGAGGCCGUCGAGUCUGGUGGUGCUGCCUUGGUCGGCUAA